AUGCCUAAGGGUAAAUGCAAUACUACUCAUAAAGUUCGCACAAAGGGCAACUUUAAACCCUCAAAUAGUGAUCGCGCUUCAGAGUUUCUGCAGCGAAAUAUCUUAUCUGGCUCGGGUUCCGGACUCCUUGUGUCACUCUCAACCUACGAUGCUGCCUCAACUUUGGCACUUACAUCAGCUUCUCAGAGUGCGUUUUCCACUCUACUUCCCCUCGAUCAGGAUCCAGUUGCAUUAACAAUAGAUUCUGAUUUCUUAAAUGUUCUCCGUAAGUUGGAGAAGCGCAGCGGUGCUACUAAACAAAAAGCUCUUGACACUCUAAUCGAUCUUUUACGUUCAAAAGCCGAUGAUGUACAUUUUGUAAAAUCGGAGGAUGUUAUAUCAGCUUCAGUUCUCCCUUUCUGGCCUCGUCUUUUCAACGAUCUUGCCUGUGAUGAAGAUCGACGAGUCCGUGAGCUUAGUCAGAUUGCUAUGCAUUCAAUAGCCAAACGACUUGGACGUAAGAUUAGUCCCUGCCUCAAGGAGAUUGUAAUUACCUGGACUUUUGCAACAGUUGACCUCUAUGAUAAUAUUUCUAGGGCUGCUAUAGCAGGUUUAUCUGAUACUUUCCCUGGAGAUAAGAUAGGUGAACUCUAUCGCAGGUUUGCAAAGUAUUUGCUAGAUGAAUGCGAUCGAAAAAUCAACUAUCUAGAUUCCGAACUUCCACUCCAUUUAAAAUUCAAGAAAAAUCAAAAACUUAAUGGCCAUCUUCCUCCGGACGCCCACCACCAUCUCAACAUUUCUACUCAAUUUCUCUCCUGGGUAGCGUCAUUUCUUCCUCACCUGUGUAAAUUGCCCGAGGAUGACCUUCUUUUAGUCCGUUUUCGUGAUGUUCUCCUACGCAUUUGGCCCCCUAUUACCCCAAUUUUGGAAAAAGUGAAAUUCGCUCCCUUACGUUCCUCCUACUACAACCUAAUGUCUACAAUGUGUUUGAAUAUGACUGAGUGGAUUAUUAGCUCCCCUGAUUUGCUCAAUUUUGUUUUGGAAAAGUGUCUCCAAGGGGAGGAUGUUUGCUUAGAGAGUCUUGGUGCUUUUAGCACCUGUUUAUCGGUUUUCAGGAAAGAGGUUUGGACUUGGAUAUCGUGGAAGGAAUUGGUUAACACGACUCUUAUUCCGAUGAUUGAGCAGGUUCAAACAAAGGCUCAAAGAACGGUUUUGUAUUUGAACCUGCUACCUCUUGUAAGCCAUUUACCCAUUGAGAACAUCUUAGCCGAGGAUGCAGAUUUGAUGAAGCGAUUUCUGGUUGCAUCUCGUGAAGGUCUACUUCGUUCCCUCAACAUUCCAGUUGACGCUGAUUUGCACGAUUGCGAGGCCGUAUCAUGCUUACAAGAUCAUGGUUCUUCAAUUGAAUGUCUAAAGGGUCUCUUUGAAGUUUCUCGCUUCCUGCUUGACUGUGCCGCCUUGUCUUCCAAUGAGGAUUUAACCGAAUACCUCUGCAAUCGGGUUUUCCUCGACUUUAUGUUCUUUGCCCUCACAUUUUCUGUCAACAAAUCUUCAGCUUUUAAGAGAUGGAUGUACCGAGAAAAGUUUUCGGAUACCCUCUUUAAGCAGAUUUCUUGUACUUUGGGUCACUUGGUACGGGAUUCUAGGUCACAGCUUCAGGAUGUCUUCGCUAAUCUAAAGGAUUCAAUCACUGAGUUACUGAAGUCGACUAUCUUAGAGUCUGUGGAGUUUCCUCUUCAAUCCAUUUCUCAAUUUCUUUGGCAUAUUUCCGAAACUGGCACUCACGAAUUAUGGUGUCAGACAUGGUUAAGCGAGUUGCUAACCUUCAUUCGACCAGAUUCUUCAGAUUUUCCUCACCGUUGGCUAUUAACUUUCAUUCUAAUCGGAAGAAUUGAGUCGUCAUUGGAUGUGGAAAAUUCUCUGGAUUUAUUAAUUUCCGCCAUAAUUCCGGCAUUUGAAGGUGAAGAUUUUAUUUGGUCAGAUAGUAUGAAUAAAGGGCUUGCGAAAUGCUCUCUUGAACCCUUUUCUGUCAAAAAUUGGCACUUGGUUAGUUCACAAACACGUCGCCGAUUUAUAGCUGGACCCCUCAGAAAACUUGCUCUCUGUGUAAAUUAUGAGAAAAUAGCUCCUUUGUUGCAGUUCUUUGUGAAUCUACUAAUAAAUGACCUUGAUGGUUACACAACUGAGGUACAAGAAUUCGCAAGUCUUAUGUUUGAGGAUCCCCUACCUUAUGAUGAAGCUCGUGAGUUGAUACUUCAAUCGCUCUGCAAGAUGAUUUCUGAUCGGGAACGUGUUUCUGAGGGUGCUUAUACAACUCUCUCAUUAAUGGUCAAUCUUGUUAUUUCUUGUGAUAAAUUAAGUCUUACUAGUUCUUCUGAACUUAUUAACCAAUAUGUAAGGCUUUCACUCGAAGAACUCUGGAAUACUAGACACUCAAAAGAUGAACCGUCUCAUAGUGGUGAGCAAACCGUGGCAUAUUUGAAUACACUGGAAGAAUCGCAAGCAAAAUUGUUCUCUCAAAAAAUAUGGCUUGAUGUUUUGGGUAAAAUAAAGUCAAAUGGUUGCCCGAAAGAUUCAGGAGCUAUCUUGAACCUUCUUUCUCAGCUUACAAUCUGUACUGAUACAAGCCAAGAAGUGUGGUUAAAUGAAGUUGUUUCUUCUGUAACGCAACUCGCUACCGAAAUAGAGGCCUUAUCCCAGGAACUCCCUAUUUUUGUAAGAACAGAGGUCUUUCCUAUUCAUCUUUUGCCUCGAAUCGCACCUAUAAUUGUACAAUUACAGCUUGGUUUAAAGUUGAACUUACACAAGUCUUUCAAACCACAUGAAGUUCCGCAUAAGCGGUUGGCCAGUGCACUCCUAACGCUCCACUUCUGGCUGUCAACCGGUACCAUUGAACCCUUCAUUCUGAGUGAUAUUUCUUCCAAUUCAAUCUUUAUACCAACUAAAGAGGAUGAAUUUCCAUCCAUAAAUAAUCUUCUGAGCUAUCUAGAUGGAAUGUGUAGCGAAGUUGUUGAUGCUGUCUACACCCUCGAACACUUCCCCACUUCUAAUUGUGCCUUACGGGCAGCCCUAGCGAGACGUCUAGUUGGAAUUCAUCCGCAAAAAUGGCCGCUGGAUAUCAAGGAAGCGGCUACUUGUUCCCCUCCCCAAACGUGGAUGAAAGAUCAGGUUACUGACAGCUCCUUAGAGACUUUUAUGAAACUCUGUGAAGUUUGUAUUCCUGUUGGUAUUCUCAGACGUUGUCUACCUCGAAGUGUUGUAAUCACUCAUGUUCAGGAAUUCUCUUCUAGGGAGAAUCUCAGCAUCAGUGAGCUUACAAGACUCCUUGAAUUGAUUGCCUCUCUUUCUUCUGUAGUGUUUGUUGGUAGUUGCUAUUCUUUCUCUCUCUCUCCAAUUGCACUGGAAGAUAUUCGAGAUCCGUUAGUCGAAGUUGAGGAUGAACAGAUCCUUUCUAGUGAUCGUCUUCGAGCAAUUGUUGCGUCCAUGAAGACUCUCCAAACACUUGUGCUUCUGAGGCAGCCCGUUAGAUCCAUAGAGAAUGCUUUCCCUGGCCUAGGUCUCGCUUCCCUUUCAAUCUGGCUUCGAAAGACUAAACCGAGGCUGACUGGACACCAGUGGGACUCUCUUCUAUGUCUUGUUGCCAGCUGGGUUGUACAAGCAGUAGUUAGGCCCGUUAAACCUACUGCAUUUCCGGUUCAUACCUUCCGUUUAGUUGCGGCGAUCGGUUCUCUGUUUGUGAAUUCAGUCUGCGCCAGUUCAACCAUUUCCUCGGCAUUAAUAAGAAAGGAAACUGCUUCGGUGAAAUCAGUAGAUGAAUUGAUGAAAAUGAACAGUGACGAAUGGGACGAAACUGACUUUGAUUUUGCUGAAGACUAUGACUGUGAGGACGAUGGAAGUGUUGUUUCCUCUGAAGUCUUGAACCUGCUAGACGAUGAUUUCACUGAUGUUGAUGAUGAGGAAAUCCGAUUCGAUGAUCCAAAUGCUCUUAGAAGACUUCCCCCACCUGCUAAUGUUCAACGGGACUGGCAAGAAUUUUUUGCUCACGAAAUAUUCCGUUCCCUCAUCUGUCUCUCCACGGAGAUGUGUCUUUAUGAAGAUGGAAAUAAGAGGGUUCCAGUCUUGAAGGAUACUCCACCACAAUUGGCUUCUCUUUGCGCUGCUAUGGCAACUUGUUCCGUUGAUACUUUUCUCACUGUUCUUCAAAAGCAAUCUGAUAUUGUUGUGGCCUAUCUAUUGGAUAAUCGUUUAUCCUCCAAUUGCCUUCAUUCUCCAAUGGUCAAGUAUAACCUCUUUUCUACAGAGUGUUUUAUGGCACCUCUUAUGCAAAAUUCCCUAGAUUUAACUCUUCGUUUUAUCUCAACUUCAUCUUAUCAGUCUGGUCAGUUAUUGGGUCACAUUCUCCUAUCCCGAUUGGUUUCUUCAAGGUCACUUCAACCAGUUCGACGAAUGAGUGAUGUUCUGAUCCCUCAUUUACCUCGUACUUGGGUGAUUGCACUAACUACCCGACUAACUGACAAAUUGGAAGGUAUUCUCGGGGAUCCUGACACCGUAGUUUCUCAAUGGGGUCGGGGAAUGUUUAGCAUUGAAGAACUACUUGGAGAGGAUAUUAUGGAUGGUCAUCAACGGCUUUUGUCAUACCUCCUUGCAUGGGAUGGCAUUGUCAGCCUUUUGAGCUCAGCCUCUCAACAAAGUCGAGCCUGUUUCCAAGCUGCUCUGCUUACAGAUGAUGAUUGGAUUGAGCAGCUUUGUCGAUUGAUCCUAACUCUGGGCCUUCUUUUACCUAAGCAAGCAGAAAUUCAGGGCCUGUUAAACACUCCCUGUCGACUUGAGCCUGAUGUGCGACUAUUGUUAACUUCUUCUGCUCGUGCUGCACUGAAUAGCAAAAUGAUAAGUACCAGAGAAGUUGAUUUUGUAUUUGCUCCAUUGGACGGACUUGUUCAUCUGCCUGGUCAUCGAUUAACUGGAGAUUUGAGACACUUAGCAGUGUGGCUUUUGAGGAGGUUGCUUUCUGAGUCACCGGCUCUAAUGCGAUCACUAUACGCUGAGAUGCAACGCGGUGCAAAAGUAGGAAAGAACUUCACACCUGGACAGGCGCGACAGUUAUCAAGUCGUCUGGAGCAGGUUGUGAGGUCCCAUUUCUCCUGCCGAUUGAUCACUGAUGAGGUGGAGGCGAUUGAUCGUCGAGCUAAUGAGUUUAAACGACGUCUGGGAGCUGCUCCUUACUUGAAUGACGCGCUACCAGAUGCUGGAAGUAUCGAUAUCAAAGGAAGACCACUUUCUCGGGAGAUCACUACCACCUAUCACUUUUCAUCGGAUCAGUCGCUCGAAAUGAUUAUCACUUUACCGGAGAACUUUCCCCUUUCACCUGUUAAUGUGGCAACUGGUAGUCGAACUGGAACUUUUAUGUCAAAUUGGCGGGCAUAUAUUGUUCUCCUAUCUGUCUUUAUUAAUAAUCAGAACGGAUCAGUUCUUGAGGGGAUAGGCCUAUGGCUGAGGAACUUGAAGAAGAAGUUUGAGGGCGUUGAAGAGUGUCCAAUUUGCUAUUCAGUAAUUCACGAUCGGGACUUUUCCUUUCCAAAAAUGCAGUGCCGUGUUUGCAAGAAGAAAUUUCACAGCAAUUGCAUGUACCGUUACUUCCAGACCAGUCACAAUCCCACCUGUCCCCUCUGCAGAAGCCUCUUUUACACUACCAGAAGUUAA